UUAAAACCACUCGGAACAUGUUGGCAGUUGCAUAGCUACACCCUAGCAACCACAUAACAUGUUAGAGAACAUUCCGAACACCUCAGCAACAGUGGCAACCACUUGCAAUAAUCUAGCAUCAUGGCAUUGAGUUUUACAUGGGAAGCACCACACAUUUUUCCUAGGAAAAUGAAAGUCUAGUUUUUAUUGCAUCAGAUGCAUCAGACGAUUUUCUUUAUUUUUAUUUCAUGUAACUGAAUGUAACAGCUGACGCUCGUGACUUUUGAGUGGUUGAUUAAAGCGGUGUCUGUUUUCUUGGUUUCAUCUGUAAAACCAGAAAGGCAACAGCUACAGGCAUCAUGCAUAAUUUAGCACCUAACUUCUUCACAUCUCUAUUACUUUUUAUCAGCGCUCUCAUAUUUUCACACACACACACACUCUCUCUCUGUUUCCCCACUUGCCCUCUCCCUCGAUCUUUCCUUCUCUCCCUCUCUAAUCUCUAAUCUUGAUAAUUCCGAGGAACACUCUAGUCAUUCUCAUAUCAUCUUGCGGCAGUCAGGAUCGGCCAGUAAACAGUGAGUCAGACACCCCGAGACCAACACAAACACCAACAAAGGAUUUUAAUGAUAACAGAAGCCCACGUCUGGCGCGCUUUGCAGGUGAGGGGGUGCAAUGCCAGCUGCUGUUCCCCUGUUGCUGCUCCUCGCCAUCUUGUGGUGGCCUCUGGUAUAUCCUCUGGUCCCCAGUCAUCUUCAGAGCCCCCCUACAUUCAUCUCCCUCAAUGGCUCCCGCCUCAAUCACCUCCUGCUCGACAGCCACUCGGGCCAUGUCUACGUGGGUGCGGUUAAUGUGCUCUAUCACCUUUCCCCAGAGUUGCAGCUGCUCUCUUGGGGCAAAACGGGGCCUAAACUGGACAGCCCAGACUGCCUACCACCCAUCGACCCCACUGAUUGCACCCAGGCAGAAACCACAGACAACACCAACAAGCUUCUGUUACUUGAAGAGGUCAAAGGAGGAAAUUCACUCAGCCUAAUUGUGUGUGGGACGGUCCUGCAGGGCAUCUGCGAGAAGCGAAGCUUGGAGAAUGUCUCUCAAGUGCUGUAUAAGACCGACAACCCUGUGGACACACAGUAUGUGGCGGCAAAUGACCCUCGAGUGUCCACGGUUGGUGUGGUGGUGGAGCAGAAAGGUGUUCUGCUUAUGCUCGUUGGACGGGGCUACACCAGCAAAGGACCUGGUGGGAUCCCACCAAUCACGAUGAGGCGCUUAGCCGCAGUUCCCCGACAUUCUGCACCAGCAUUCUCUCACGAAGAACUUGGAAAGCUGGUCGUCGGUAGCUACUCUGAAUACAACAACCACUUUGUGAAAGCUUUCCACCACAACAACUAUGUCUACUUUGUGUUCUCUCGACGUGAUGUGUGGGGCAAACGAGAGUAUCGGACUUACGUUUCAAGACUCUGUGCAGGCGACCCCAAUUUCUACUCUUAUGUGGAGGUGCCGCUUUCCUGCGGUGGAGGAUAUAAUCUGGCACAGGCGGCCGUGCUUGGCACGCACCUUGAUCAACCUGCGCUGUUUGUGGCAAUGGCUAUGGGACAAGCGUCGACUCCCACACCCACAGACAGGUCGGCUCUUUGUGUGUACAUGGUGGAGAAUCUGGAUAAAGCCCUGCAUGGCGCCCAGCUACUUUGUUACACGCAGGAAGGCAAAGACCGCAAUAACAAGGAGAAGGCGUACAUUGAGUACGAAGUGUCCUCCAGUUGUCUGAAGCUCCCACAGGACUCUCUGACCGAGUACCCAUGCGGAGGUGAACACACGCCCAGCCCCAUCGCCAGUGCCAUCGCUCUGGAGGCCACGCCCGCUUUCACCUGGACUCCUUCUAUCACUGCCGUCACCACAGCUACUGAGGUCAACCACACCAUAGUCCUGCUAGGAGACAAAAGCGGGAAGCUACACAAGGUGUUCCUGCAUGCAAAUGGUACCGGUACCAAAUAUGACACCGUGGAGGUGGAUUCAGAGAGUCCCAUUAACGCUGACCUGCUGUUGGACUCCACCAAACAGAACGUCUACGUAUUGACCGAAAGAAAGGUUACAAAGCUCCAUGUAGCUCAGUGUGAGAGGCAUUUAGACUGCCGCUCCUGUCUGUCUAAUAGAGAUCCCUACUGCGGCUGGUGUUCGCUGGAGGGCAGAUGCACACGGAAGAUGGAUUGCGCAAGACAUGCUGAGCUUCACCACUGGAUCUGGAGUUACGGCCGUGAUCGCCAGUGUGCGUCUGUAGAGAAUCUACGACCCUACAUCCAGAGCAGAGAAGAGCAGACACAGGUCUCUUUCACAGUUCUACAGUUGCCAGUCUUGUCAAAGGAUGAGUCUCUAUCUUGCGCUUUUGGGAGUUUGGCUGCUCAGCCUGCGGUUGUCAUGGAGAACAGAAUCACAUGUCAAUCACCGGCACCAGAGCAGCUCCCCCCGAGUCCGCCAGGCAACGAUCACGUAUCUGUUCGAUUGGCACUGAAGUUUGGAGACGUGACCAUCUCGCACACAAAUAUCACCUUUUAUGACUGUAAGGCAGUCGGACGGCUCAACGCUACUUCACCGUGCAUGGCGUGUGUGAGCAGUAUGUGGCCGUGUCACUGGUGUGUGAAGGAUGAGCUCUGCACUCAUGAUAAGAACUGCCCCCGUCAGCACGUCAUCUAUAACAGCAGGGAGCAGUCAACGCCCCGCGGGCCCGACUCUUGCCCCUGCGUCUGGGCCCUGCAGAGCUCCCCUCUGGUUCCUGUUGGCUUUGACACCGAGCUUUCUCUACAGGGCAAAAACCUGGACAUUUUUGAGGAUGAGGAAGAUUACGAGUGCGUGCUGGUCAUUGAAGGCCAGGAGCUGCGUUUGCGGGCCACGCUGGACCGCAGCAAAGAGACGGGGACGCAUGUGUUCAAGUGUGCCUCUCAUCAGUUUCGAUACUCAGGGAAGCAGUUUGAAUAUUCCGCUCCUGUAUACCUGCAAUGGGGGACGCAGCGUAUAGAUUCAGCACCACAUCUCCGCUUGCAGCUGUAUGACUGCUCGGUGGGACAGUCCGACUGCAGUCAGUGUCGAGCGGUUGCGGCCAAUUACGGAUGUGUGUGGUGUGCCGAUAAAACUCCCGGCUGUGUGUAUAACCAGUCCUGCGCCAGUGGAACCAUGGACACCUGUCCUCCCCCUCUAAUUACUGAGGUUGAGCCACUGACCGGUCCACUGGAGGGUGGCAUACUGCUGACGAUCCAGGGAUCGAACCUAGGCCAGAGCUUCCAGGACAUCCAGGCAGGAGUGACGGUGGCAGGGGUCAGCUGUAGACCUCUGCCUGAAGCCUAUCGCAUUUCCACCAGCAUUGUAUGUGAGCUCCAGGCCAGCGCAAAUGUCACAGCCGGACCGGUCAUCAUCACCGUCAGAGGUUCAGAGAAAGGAGAGUCCCAGCAGACGUUCUCAUAUCAGAACCCACAGCUGCGCACAAUUGUGCCCGUAAAAGGGCCCUUGGCUGGGGGCACGACACUAACGGUGCACGGGUCGCAACUCCUGACCGGACAAAGAACAGAACAAAGGAGUGACCAAAUCACUGGCCUGCAGGUGUUCUUGGGCUCAAAGCCUUGUCGCAUCAAUGAAGUGAGUGACACGAGGCUGAUUUGUCGCACCAGUCACUCAAACCAAACUGGAAAAGUGCCAGUCAAAGUUGUGUUUGGAAGAGCAGAGAGGAUUUUGGAUAGUGUCCUUUUCAACUAUAUGGAAGACCCAGUGAUUAACGAUGCAUCACCUACUGAGAGUUUCUACGGGGGUGGACGUGUUAUAAACGUGACCGGCCAAAACCUAAAUGUCGUUCAGCACCCGAAGAUGUCGGUCUCUUAUGAGCCUAGAGAGAGUUUUGAAGUCAGAAGACGUCGAUCCACUCAUGUUUCUGUCAGGAGUCCCUUGGUUAUGAGUCAGAGUUUGUGCGCCAAUGUUACCUCGGAGCAAAUGAUUUGCAAGAGCCCAGAGGUGCCGUCGAGAUCCAGGAUUGUGCGAGUGUGGUUCGAGAUGGACAAUGUGCACAUCGAUUUUCACACCAUCAAGAACAAGCCGUUCACGUACCACCCAAACCCAGACUUGUUCCAGCUCAACAGUGAGUCCCAUGGAACAGCCAUCCGAUUCAAACCUGGAGGAGUCCUGGCAGUAGAGGGUAAGGGACUGACACUGGCUAUGAGCAGAGAGGAAGUUCUGGCCCGGCUGGGGAAGGAAGAGUGUGACGUCAAGACUCUGGAUAACACGCAUCUGUACUGCGAACCUCCUGAGGAACAGCCUCUCGCCCUGGAUGACGAUGACUUACCCAGGCUUACGGUGUUAAUGGGAAACUUGGAAUUUGACUUGGGUCGGGUGCAGUAUGACAACGAUUUACACUCACCGGUGCCUCUGGCGGCUCAGAUCGGUCUGGCAGCGGGGGCCGCGGUGGUAGUUCUCAUCGUGCUGGUCAUCAUUCUCAUGUACAGGCGGAAGAGUAAACAGGCUCUGAGAGACUAUAAAAAGGUUCUGGUGCAGCUGGAGACUCUGGAGAUAAAUGUUGGAGACCAGUGCAGGAAAGAGUUCACUGAUCUGAUGACGGAGAUGAUGGAUCUGAGCAGUGACGUUGGUGGUCCUGGUAUUCCCUUUCUGGAUUACCGCACAUAUGCAGAGCGUGUUUUCUUCCCUGGCCAGAAGGGCGCGCCACUGAGUCAGAAUCUGGAUUUGCCAGAUUUUCGUAGACAGACUGUGGAGCAGGGCCUGGGUCAGCUCAACAACCUGCUCAACAACAGACUCUUCCUUAUACGGUUCAUCCAUACUCUGGAGGCACAGCAGAAUUUCUCACAGAGGGACCGAGGUUACGUUGCGUCUCUUCUCACGAUGGCCCUUCAUGAUAAGCUGGAAUACUUCACUGAUGUUAUGAAGACCCUGCUGGGAGAUCUAGUGCAGCAGUAUGUGGCCAAGAACCCCAAACUCAUGCUGCGCAGGACUGAGACGGUUGUGGAAAAGAUGCUGACCAACUGGAUGUCCAUCUGUCUCUAUUCUUUCCUCAAGGAGGUUGCUGGUGAGCCUCUGUACAAGUUGUACAGGGCUAUUAAAUACCAGGUAGACAAAGGACCAGUGGAUGCAGUGACAGGCAAAGCCAAACGCACACUCAACGACAGCCACCUGCUCAGAGAGGACAUCGACUACUGCUCUGUGACUCUGACAGUGCUGGUGAAGAGUGGUGUCGAGGUCCAGCCCUGCCCUGUUAAAGUUCUGGACACUGACACCAUCACUCAGGUUAAAGAUAAAAUCCUGGACCAGAUUUAUAAAGGAGCGCCAUUCUCCCAGAGACCAGCCGCAGACUCUCUGGACCUUGAGUGGCGAUCCGGCCAAGCAGGUCACCUGACUCUUUCUGAUGAUGAUGUCACAGCCAUCGUUCAGGGUCGCUGGAAACGGAUCAACACUUUACAGCACUACAAGGUACCUGAUGGGGCCACUGUUGCUCUCAUCCCUCGUUCCCAGAGUUCUCUUGGAGUAAAUCAGGUCUACCAGACUGGAGAGAAAACUCCAAUGCUGGAGGGAGAGGAGGAGGAAGGUCUUCGGCUGUGGCAUCUGGUGAAGCCGAGCGAAGACCCCGAGAUCCCCAAACACAGGAAGAGUAGCAUGAGAGAGAGAGAGCGGGCAAAAGCCAUUCCUGAGAUCUACCUUACACGACUGCUUUCAAUGAAGGGCACUCUGCAAAAGUUUGUAGAUGACGUCUUUGUAGCCAUACUGAGCACGAAACGGCCUCCACCCAUCGCUGUCAGGUUCUUCUUUGACUUCCUGGAUGACAUGGCAGAGAAACACGGCAUCGAUGACCCAGAGACUGUUCACAUCUGGAAAACAAACAGUUUGCCUUUGCGUUUCUGGGUCAACAUCUUGAAGAAUCCUCAGUUUGUCUUUGACGUGCAGGUGACGGAUAGCGUGGAUGCCGUCCUCUCCGUUAUCGCACAGACCUUCAUUGAUUCCUGCACUACAUCCGAGCACAAAGUGGGCCGGGAUUCUCCAGUGAAUAAGCUGUUGUACGCCAGAGAAAUCCCACGAUACAAGCAGCUGGUGGAGAGGUACUACAGUGAUAUUCACAACGCUGUGUCUGGCUGUUACCAGGAAAUGAAUUCAACCCUCACAGAGCUGUCAGGGAGCUUUGCAUCCGAAAUGAACAGUUUGGUGGCGUUGCAUGAGCUGUACAAGUAUAUCAACAAAUACUAUGAUCAGAUUAUCAUGUCUCUGGAGGAAGACGCUGCGGGUCAAAAGAUGCAGUUGGCGUAUCGGCUUCAGCAGGUCGCCGCCCUGGUGGAGAAUAAAGUCACUGACCUUUAGGCUUUGACCUUUUACCCUGUUGUCUAAAAUCAUCAAUAAUCACAUCUGAGAGAAAUCAGACCACUGCUUUCGACUGAUCGGCUGAUGUAAUGCAACCGCUACGUCAAACCCUUGGGUGCUUCAGCAACCGUUCACAUAAACUUGCUGUAUAUUCUUAACAAAAGGGAACAGGAAAUGAAGUAAUGAUCACUUUCUUCCGAUAAAACCUUAAUGGGAUUUUUAUUGGAGAAGGAUUGCUUUUUAGACUGAGACUCUGAACUACUCACCGGAGUAUUGACUGAUGGGAAGUAUGUGUGUGUGUGUGUGUGUGUGUGAGUGAGAGAGAGAGAGAAUGUUUAAUUGUGAAGUGUUUUGUCUGAAAGGGUCUGCUGUAUAUGUGAAGUUUACUUAAUUCAAAUUCUCUGACCCGAGUCUAUUUUAAUGACACUACUGAAGCAGCUCUCACAUGUUGUGACAUGCUAAGACACAUUUUAUAUUGUUUUUACUUCCAUUCAAGUGAUCAGAUCUACUGUAUGGAGUUUCAUGAACCGUUUCAACAAAAUCUCUGUCACGUUCAACCAUUACAAUCAUGUCAGCGCUGUGGACAAGUCCCACAUUUAAUUCUACUGUACAUGGAGUAUUUUUUCCAGGUUUAGAAAUGUUCUACUCCUCCACAAUCAAAUCCCAAACUCAAAGACUGUCCUUGGCCGUGUUGUAUUAACCUUUUAUACUAACAUUUCUACAUUAGUAUUGCAGAUCAAAACAAGUAUUAAGCUUUUACAGGGACUGUAGAGUAAGUCUAAGCACACAAGUGCCAGAACAUGUUAUAAGAGCACAAUAUUUGUGUGCAUGUUUGUGUGUAGCUUUAUGUGUGCAUGCAAAAGAAAGACAAAAGGUCACAGUUUUCAGGUUUUCUGCUGUUUUAAGGAUCUCAAAUAUCUAGAAUUUCUGAUGUGAUCAUCUGAAUUCUGAUUUCUAGCACUAUAACCUGGUUAAGUUUAAUUGAUCAUAACAUUAAUGUAUCUUCACGCCCAAUAUUUGUGAUAGAUCCCUGUAAAAUAUGGGUCCAGGUUACAUUUCAUUCUCAAAUCAACAAAAAAGAAAUUAAGAAAUUAUAUUUUUACACUUGAACUAAUCUAUCAUUUUUCUUUUUGCAUUGCAUCAUGAUUCUCGUAGAAAUGUCAUAAUGCACGAAAUCUUAAAGGCACAGUAUGUAACAUAUUUGGAUUAAAAUAUCCAAAAACCACUAGAACAAUGUUAUAUAUUUUGUUGACUUGUUUACUUACAUUAUCCCAGAUGUUUCCAAGAAUGUUUAAAUCCAGAGAUAUAAGCAAUUUUGAACAGGACACGGACCGUGUCCGUGCGUCGCCCAUCAAUGACAUCGUACCCGUGUUACCCUCGAUUUCCGGUUUAAUUUUGUAUAAACCAUAGAAAUACCAAAGACGCCUUAAUAUUAUGUGUUUUAUUAGACAGGUGAGCAACUGUCUAUUCUCUCAUCAAUAGACAAAAACUCAUGUUAUAUAGCUCAACACAGUAAGUCUUAUUGUUUAAAUCUCGUUUUCUUGAUUUACAGCGAGUACCAUGUUUUACCAUGCCUAAUAUCGAUGUAGCUUGCCUCAGUGUACAACGAGUGUCUCAUAGCAGCCGCUGAGCAAAUGAGAGUAGCAUUAUAACAACUUUCAACACUCAAAUGUAUCUAAUAUGAUAAAACAGAGCUGUGUCUCCCCCAGUACGCAUGACCUGAAGAAAUGAAAGAGGUCCACUGCUCUCUCGCCGUGUGUCGCGCUCGUCUCUCAUUAGCAGUCGCUCCAGCGACCUUGUUCAGCUCCAACGACUUUCAGCCACACCCUGCUUCAUUCUACAGUAAUGUUAAUAAAUAUUUAAUACAUUAACUCAUCCAUGAAUAUGAUUACUGCCCGAUUCUUUUUCCACCGGCUGUAGACAUGAAGACAGCACCUACCGUGAUUCCGCGAAAUCAAGGCGUCAUCAAGCUACGCCUUUGUUUUGAAUAAGCGACCUCUAGUGGUGAAAAAUUACAUAUUGUGCCUUUAAUGGUCCUGAAAAAGGGCUUUUUUUUAAUCAAAAUAAAUUUCUUAUUUAUUUGAUUUGAUUUGAGCAUGAAAUAAGACCCGGAUCUUUGCAUGAUUUGUGAGAUUCACCCACACUCACAUGGCAUUGAUUUCCUAAUGCUUUGUAUUUAACAGCACAAGAGAGCGCAGUUCUCAAAGAUUCACUCUCAUGCCGUUUGAGUCUCAAAUGAAAUUGCAAUGCAGCUGGAAUGUCCAGUUUCAUGAGAGAUAUUGAAACAAAACUGGGCCAUUUUGGGUUGACAAGUGGAGAAAAGCAUCUUUAUUCGCUUGGUCCCAAUGAUUUGAAAAGCAGCAGUUGGCUUGAGAGUUGUGUACAUCAGACACUGAAUAGAAACUAACUUAUUAUAUUGUAAAUAAUGCUUAUUUAUACAUGACCGCCAAAUGUGCCUUCUUUGUUACUUUUUAUAAUGUCUACCAAGUAAACAUGCUUGACAUUACUUGCCAAAUGGAGAAGAAGAUGAACUGUGGCACAGCUGUUGCCUGUUGUAAAGAUCAUAUGAGGCAGAGUCUCAGGAUUCUCAAUGGAUUCAGUACAAACGCUCUUGUGUAGCCUAAUUCAUUUCUAGUUUGCCCGACCAGCUCAUUUCCUGGAGUGAUCCGUGUUCAACGUGAUGAUGAAGGUGCAAAUUCUAAUUUCUUGUGCACACGUUCUUUUUAGCUACAUAACAUACGUUUUUGCCUGAAGCACUUUGUUUUUACAUUUUGGCUCAUCCAUAAUGUCUAAUUUUUUUGUAGUUUUGAUCUUGAAGCUUCAACACGGUCCCUUUUAUGUAUAGAACUGAAAAUAAUGAAUUCAAUGCUAUCUAGACAUCUCCGAUGUAUUUUUGAAGGCUUCCCUGUUCCUGCAUUUAUUAAUGUGAUUUUGAGCUAUUACGCUUCAUCAUACUAAUGUAUGCACAGGGUUGGGUUUUAAAAGUGGGGAAACUUAUUAGUUUUCUCAUUCUGUGUAUGUUUAUUAUCCUGUUGUUGAAUGUGUUUGGCCUCUUGGUGUAUUUUUUGAUUAUUAUAGGCUGAUGCAUGCUUGAGAUUUGAUUGGAUUUUCUGAUUGGGGUGCUUUUUGAGAGGUUCACUCGGUGGACUGCAUUAUGAGUGCAUGACUCUCAUAAAAACACUGUCUGAGAAUGUGUGUGUGUGUGUGUGUGAAUGCAUGAGAGUUUGUAAGUAAUUGUAGCGCUUCGUACAUGACGUUGAGUUUUUUUAGCUAAUCUCCUGUUAUGUGCACUUUUCUCUGAGAGAAUCCAGCGAAAUCUCUUUGUACAGUCUUGCGAUUUACUGUUUUGCCAAUUGUGUGGAAUACAGCUUUGUAUCUUUGCAGAUAAACAAUUCAGACCGUUGUUUAGAGAAUCGUUGGUGUAUAUGGAGCCCUUGCCCGGCACCGAGUUUUACACAACUUUUAUACAAGGGUAAAAAAAAUAAAAAUAAUAAUAUAUGGUAAUUUUCUAAUGAAGUUGGGGUUAAAAGAGAACUUAAACCCAGUCAAAAGACUUACUCUUUUGUAUUUGUAUUGUGUAUAGUUUGCUAACAAUUGUGUAUAUGUGCCUGUACAUAUUGUGAAGAGGACAUGUUCUUCUUUUUUUUUUUUUUUUACUUGGACAGAGUUACUCUCUCCAAUCAGGAGAAAUUGGGAGCUGAAAUGUUAAAAUGAGUGAAAUGGACAUUUGUAUCUGGAAAAAAAAUAAAGCUAUAAUUUUAACAGUGAA